CUGCCUCGCUCUGCCCUGGCCUGGCCCUUCUUGUUGGGCCACAUUUAUGAUAUAAUUUACAAAAAAAAAAGUGAAGAAAGUCAAACAAAUAAGAGGAAAACGUUACAAGAAAUGGUGCUAAAAAUCUGAGCUAUUAUGCAAAUGCGAUUUGCGUGGCAAUGAUCCCAAAUGGGAAUCACUUAGUUAUAAGUAUUUAUUAACACAUAUAAGAACGUUGAAACGGUGUCCGUGUCCGUAUCCGUGUCGACGGCGUUGGCGGUGUUAUGCCGCGUUUACGCCAGCGUCCAGACACCCUGGAACUGGCCGUUCUAGGUGGACGACAAGGAGAGCGACACCAAGAUUAUGACACAAGCGACGCUGAAGCUGAGGAUGAGGAUGGAAAAACUGCCAAUAAAACAACAGCGGCCACAGGAAUCGCAACGGGAACAGCAGGAGCAGCAGCUGCACCAGGCCGUUGGUUUCAAUUUGUUCGCCGUUCGCGACAAAAGGGACAUCGACGACGACGACUGCGCAACGAUAUGAAUGGCGAGGACGAGGACACAGAUGAUGCAGCUGAGGCGGAUGGAGGCAAGCAGGCGCAAUUGGCUCAACCUGAAAUCAUGAAUAUUGGCAAUUCGACGCAGACAAUUGCCACACCAUUGACCACAUUGACCGCUAGCACACAUGGCGAUAGCUUCUAUAGUCUGGCCAUGCCGGGACCAAAUGCUAGCCAUAAUGGGGAACAGGAAUAUAAACAGCAAAGGCAGAUGCCUGGAACCAAAAAGGUGUCACUGCUCCAGCGUCUGUCCAGUUGGAAGGGCAGCGAUGUUCAAGAUGUUCCCCCUGCCCGUUGCCAAAAUCAUCAAAGCAUUAACAAUUGCAACCGCAAUAGGAGUCGGAGUCAAAGUCAUGAUCUUUCGGCAGCGACCUCCACAACAACGCGUAGUAUACGACGGCUUUCCCAGAUGCGACGACGUCGUAGUUCCUACUACUUCUCGGAGAACGAACGCCGAAUUCGCGCAAACGACAAAGAGUUCAAUACUCAGUUUAAGUAUCAUAACAAUUACAUCAAGACCUCAAAGUAUACGCUGCUCACAUUUCUGCCCUUCAAUCUGCUGGAGCAGUUUCAGCGAUUGGCCAACUUUUAUUUCCUAUGUCUAUUGGUCCUCCAAUUGAUCCCGGCAAUCUCUUCGUUAACUCCAGUAACCACAGCCAUACCUCUGAUUGGUGUCCUCACGUUGACCGCAGUCAAAGAUGCCUACGAUGAUAUUCAACGUCAUCUCUCGGACUCCCAGGUGAACAAUCGCAAGUCCAAGACGCUGCGCAGUGGCAAACUAAUUGAGGCCAAAUGGUCCGAUGUCCAGGUGGGCGAUGUCAUACGCCUGGAUAAUAAUCAAUUUGUGGCCGCUGAUAUUCUGCUAAUAACCACGUCGGAGCCCAAUGGCUUGUGCUUCAUUGAGACCGCCGAACUGGAUGGCGAAACGAAUCUGAAGGCCAAACAAUGUCUCACCGAGACCAUUGAGCUGGGGGAGCAACAUGAUGCACUGUGGAGUUUCAACGGCGAGAUCAUUUGCGAGAGACCCAAUAAUUUGCUUAACAAAUUCGAGGGUACACUCAUCUGGAAGAAUCAGCGAUUCGCUCUCGACAAUGAUAAGAUCCUGUUGCGCGGUUGUGUCCUGAGAAAUACCCAAUGGUGCUACGGGGUUGUCGUCUUUGCCGGUGUGGACACCAAACUUAUGCAGAACUCUGGCAAAACUCAAUUCAAGAGCACCGGUGUGGAUCGUUUGCUUAAUUUCAUUAUAAUUGGUAUUGUCCUAUUUCUAAUAUCAAUAUGCGCCUUCUUUGCCGUCGCCUGCGCCAUAUGGGAGGGCCUUAUUGGUCAGCAUUUUCAAUUGUAUCUACCUUGGGAACAUAUCAUACCCAAGGAUAUGGUUGCCUCGGGCGCAACUGUUAUUGGUCUGCUGGUCUUCUUCUCCUACGCCAUAGUCUUAAAUACUGUUGUGCCAAUCUCUCUCUACGUUUCAGUAGAGGUAAUACGCUUUGUACAGUCGUUCCUCAUCAAUUGGGAUGAGGAAAUGUAUUAUGCACGCACCAAUACAUAUGCCAAAGCUCGCACCACCACCCUUAACGAGGAGCUGGGCCAGAUACAGUACAUCUUCUCGGACAAAACGGGCACACUAACCCAGAACAUAAUGACGUUCAACAAAUGCAGUAUUAAUGGACGCACUUACGGUGAUGUCAUUGACCUGCGCACAGGCGAAUUAAUUGAGAUUAAUGAGCAGCAAACAAUUUUCCACAAUAGCAACGCGUCACCAACGUCGGGGUCGCCACCGACGAUCCUAGUGCACUACCAUGACCAUCAAGUGGAGGCCGAAAUACAUGGCAGGAAAAGUGCCUUACUGGUAACGGCUCAUGGUAAAACGCAGGUGGCUGGGGAUCAGCUCAAACCUUCAAUAACAUUGCGUGAGAAUCCUCGACGCAAACAUGUUCGCUAUUCAGCCCCUUGUCGAAGUAUGAGCAAUGAAGAGGAUCAACAGCAGCAACGGGAACCGAGACAUGCCACAGCAUUGGCUGCCGGACAGACUCAUGUCCGUAUGGGUCGUCAGCUGUCUACCAUGUCCACGUCCAGCAGUAGUGAAAAAGUAAUGUUCCAGCACGAACCAUCCAAUCACCACCAGACAGAAGAUCAAGAACACUUGCACCAACACCAACACCAACACCAAUACCAAUCUCAGCUUCCUUCCCCUCCUCUACCUUUUGUUCCUGCAACUAACUUCAAAAAGAUUAAGCUCAAAUUCAAGAAAUCCUCAUCGGCAUCUGCUCUCUUUCUCGACGAUGACUAUGAAAAGCCAAAAGAGACGACUAAGGAGAAGGAUAAGGGGUUGGGGAUGGAGGAGAAAAUAAAGAAUGGUUAUCUAAGCACUUUUGCCGCCAAUUGGACCAAUUCCGCAACCACCAAUAUACAUCAGCGAGUGCACGCUGUGCCAUCAAUUGAUUUCUCCGGCAAUCCACAUCAUGAGAGCGACUUUCGCUGGUACGAUCGUACGCUAUUGGAUGCCGUCCGUUCCGAUGAGGAGCACACUCACAUAUUCUUUCGCCUGUUGGCUCUCUGUCACACUGUGAUGGCCGAGACAGUGGAUGGUCGACUGGAAUAUCAGGCCCAGAGUCCGGAUGAGGCGGCUCUUGUGUCGGCUGCUCGGAACUUCGGUUUCGUCUUUCGUACACGCACCCCCAACAGUAUUACCAUCGAGGUGAUGGGACGUCUCGAAGAGUACGAGCUCCUUCACAUACUCGAUUUCAAUAAUGUGCGCAAACGCAUGUCCGUCAUAUUGCGGCGCGGCAACGCCGUGGUCCUCUAUUGCAAGGGGGCGGAUAAUGUGAUCUAUGAUCGUUUACAUGGCGGACAGGAGGAUCUUAAGGCCCGAACCCAGGAUCAUUUGAAUAAAUUCGCUGGCGAAGGUUUGCGCACAUUGGUCCUAGCCGAACGUCGGCUCACCGAACAAUACUACAAUGACUGGCGGAUUAGGCAGCAGGAGGCCUCUUUGGCCAUGGAUUCACGGGAACAGAGACUCAAUGCCAUUUACGAGGAGAUCGAGAGUGAAAUGCAAUUGGUUGGAGUUACGGCCAUCGAGGAUAAAUUGCAAGACGGAGUCCCCAAGUCUAUAGCAAAUUUGCAAAAUGCUGGCAUUAAGAUUUGGGUUCUAACCGGCGAUAAGCAGGAAACGGCCAUUAAUAUUGGUUACUCAUGUCAAUUGCUAACCGAUGAGCUGGCCGAUGUCUUCAUUGUGGAUGGCAGUUCUGUCGAGGAAGUGGAGAAGCAAUUGCGUCAGUUUAAGGAAUCGAUCAAGAUCUUUAAUCGCUUUCGACCAGGUGGUACCAAUGAGGCUCUCAAUCAUUUGAAUAGCGGCAGCCAAAUGGAUCCGUUGAGUGUGACCAUGACCCAAACGUCGGCUUUCAUGCAGGAGACAAGUAACACGCCCACACCACCACCGCAGAUACCACCGCCAGCUAUAUCGGUGGUUACCUUUAGGUGGGAUGACAAAAUUAAGGAUAAUAAGGGCGGACCGGACAGUGCCGAGUGCAAUGAUGUCUUUGGCGAUCCAGAGAAAAGCGAGGAUGGACGCACUCCCUCCUCUAUAGUGGUGGAUGAAAGCACUGGGUUUGCUCUGGUUGUCAAUGGACAUUCAUUGGUUCAUUGUCUGUCACCAGAGCUGGAAAGCAAAUUCCUGGACAUUGCCUCGCAGUGCAAAGCGGUGAUCUGUUGUCGGGUAACGCCCCUACAAAAGGCGCUGGUCGUCGAAUUAAUAAAGCGUGCCAAAAAUGCAGUAACCCUGGCCAUUGGAGAUGGAGCUAACGAUGUCUCCAUGAUCAAGGCUGCACACAUUGGAGUGGGCAUUUCGGGACAAGAGGGCCUGCAGGCAGUCCUAUCUAGCGAUUAUGCCAUAGCACAGUUUCGCUAUCUGGAACGUUUGCUAUUGGUUCAUGGUCGUUGGUCAUAUUAUCGCAUGUGUAAAUUUUUGCGCUACUUUUUCUACAAGAAUUUUGCAUUUACAUUGUGUCAUUGCUGGUAUUCGCUCUUUUGUGGCUUUAGUGCCCAGACCGUUUUCGAUCCCAUGUUCAUAUCGGUGUAUAAUCUAUUCUAUACCUCUUUGCCUGUUCUGGCUCUUGGGGUCUUUGAGCAGGAUGUAUCGGAUAAGAAUAGUUUGGAAUUUCCACGUCUCUAUACGCCCGGCUUGAAGAGCGAAUUGUUCAAUAUUCGCGAAUUUAUCUACAGUGUAUUGCAUGGAGCCUUCACAUCGCUCAUUCUAUUCCUCAUCCCCUAUGGCGUCUAUAAGGAUGGUGUCUCACAGAAUGGCUACAUAUUGAGCGAUCAUAUGACACUCGGAGCAGUUGUUGCCACCAUUCUAAUUGUGGACAAUACAGCUCAAGUAUCCUUGUACACCUCAUAUUGGACGGUGGUGAACCAUGUGACCAUUUGGGGCAGUCUCAUUUGGUAUUUUGUGCUCGAUUACUUCUACAAUUAUGUGAUUGGUGGACCGUAUGUGGGCUCGUUGACGCAGGCCAUCAAAGAUUUAACCUUCUGGGUGACCAUGCUCAUCACAGUUGUCGUAUUGAUGGCUCCCGUGUUGGCCUACAAGUUCUAUUUGCUGGAUGUGCAUCCCAGUCUGUCGGACAAGAUACGUCAGAAGUCGCUUAAGAAGAUUCAUUCGCGUGCCUCGAGCGAUGUACGGCGUACUCCUUCAUCUCGUCGUGGACGUCGCUCCGUACGCUCUGGCUAUGCCUUUGCCCAUCAGGAGGGCUUUGGUCGUCUUAUCACUUCGGGCAAGAUUAUGCAUAAAUUGCCGCAAGAUUUCGCUUUCCCUCUCGGAUUGGGCACAAAGAAGACCCAAGCCUUGCACAACAAUGUCAGCGAGGGCAACAACACCAGCAGCACCAAACCCACAGCCAACCAUCACAACAAUAAUAACAGCAACACGAAUCAGAAUCAUUCAUCGAUGGCGGAUAUUACGGGCGGGGAACUGAAUGGUGGUCCCAAUGGCGGAUUGGGCGGUGGUGAUAGACGUGCCACUGGAGAAACUGUACGUGGCAGUGGUGGCAGCAGUGAUCUAAGUCCCCGAGCUCCUUGCCAAGAUCUGGAUACAAUUAAUUUAUAAAACAAAAAAAAAACAAAACAAAAAAUCAACACCAAAAAAUGAAACUUUCAAAGAUUUUGAAGCGGCUUCAUAAUGAGUCUUAAUAUUAAGUUCUACAUUUUAUAUAUAUAUAUUUGUGUAAGUGUGAAUGAAUGUGUGGGAAUGCUUGUCUGUGUGUGUGUGUGUGAAUGCCCUCGGACCCUGCCCCCUUCCAGAACAAGAAGAAAGCAUAUUUUCACAAGUAUUAUUAAGAGAAUUUGUCCAUCCGUUUCCCAAUACCCAGCUAAGAACGUUUUGAAUCCUUUAGUCUAAGUCCUUUAGUCUUAAGUCAUCUUGAAAUAUUUUUGGAUUUUUGUUUUAGCUAAUUAUUGUUCUUGGUUUUUGGUUUUUCUAUCUGAUUUGUAUGUGAUUUAUUUGUUAAGUUUUUAAAUGCGGUUUUUGAAGAAUUUAAUCAGAGAUAUGGAGAAAGAGAGUAAACGAAUCCAAAAAAGACAUGAUAAUUAGUAUAUCCUUUAGAAGUAUUUUUUUUUUUUUUUAAAGAAACCGUCGUCCCUGAAACUCUCCUCCCCUCCACACACUUAAUCUGUGUUCGACAAUCUUGCGAAUUCUCAACCGGCAAACAAACUCAAAGCUAUUCGAUGAAUUUCGUUACAAUUUUUUAACUGCAUUUAGGCAAUGCCCCUCCUCCCCUUCCCACCAUCGACCUCUUAACACAACUUUUUUCCACCACCACCGCUUCAUUUCUAUUUCUAGAUAAAAAACAUAAAACCAAAAGGGAAACUAUCCAAGUGUACUUAAAUGUUAAAUGUUGUGCUGUGUGUUAUAAAAAAAAAGUCAAAUUGAAUAUAUAUAUUUUUUUUGUUUUAAAUGUAAACGAAAUCAGGCCAAUACGACGAGGAACAACGAUAGAUAAUGAAAGUGUAAUGAUACCUACUAGUUAUAGUUUUAUCUAGAUAACUGUAAUGCUAGGCUAGUUAGUGUGCUAGGAUCGCUGAGUCUGUGGGCCAAGGAGACGCACAUGAGGAAGUCAAAGGAUGCAAUCCCCCGGCUUAGUUGUGCGUUUUCCCAAGUCUACGACUUGAAUAGUGUCACCUAUGCACUAGAUAUAGUGCUUAAUGCUUCAAUUGUCCAUAGCUGUAUACUAUAUCUCAUCUCACAUACACACAUAGAUACACCCACACUUUUGUGUUCCUAACUAGCGCUCUAUAUAUUAUAUAGGUAUACAUGUAUGUAGAGUUAGAUUACGGCUAGAAUGUAGUAUGUAGAUUUUAGAAUUUAGAGCAUUGCAGAAAAAAAAUCCUGAGAUCCUGUGUCCCUGUUGCUUGGCCUCUGUCUACAACAAUAUCCCCAACAUUAUGUUGCCAACAUAACGCAAUGUUGCGAGUUAAACUUUAGCAACAUUUUCUAACAGUUAUUAAUUAUUUCUCAUGCUUUGUUAAUAUUAUCUUUUAAUUGGUUCGAUGCAAAUCGAUAUUUGUUUUUUUUUUAUUGUAGAUACAGAGAGAUAGAGAACGAGUAUUAGUUAGAGCUUGUGCGGGUUGUGGCGGGCUAAUAUAUAGUGAAGGGGGGGACUUUAAGUGAUUAAAUGCAAUUGGCAGGAAUUUACUUUAGAAAAAAAGAUUAAUUGGAGACAUGGCUUUAGAACUAGAAUUACAAAAACAACAACAAAACAUUAAAAGAUUACAAAAAACAGACACACAAAACAAAAACAAAAAAAAAAAAAACAAACAUAUUUUUGCAUGACAAAUAAGACAAAACAAAAAAAAAAUGUUGUUGAAAUUAUAAGUGAAAUUUAAAAUAGAAUAUUUAGGUAUACUUUUAAAUCGAUUUCAAAAAACCAAAAACACUUUUUUAUUCUAUACAUAUUUUAUUUUUUUUGUUUACUUCUUUUCCUCUUGUAAAUCUAACAGAUUUAAGCAAUUAAAUGGAAAAUUGAUUACAAAAGUAAAUGGCAACAAGUAUUUUCAUGAAUAAAAAUUUUGAAAUUUCA